AUGACUGGCAAAACCGCACCUCCAGCUGCAGACCCGGCUCCAGAGGCUCCAAAGAAAGAGACGGCGCCGACCCCAAAGGAUGGACCUGCACCAGCCCCAGCUGCUGAAGAGCCCCCAGCCGCUGAACAUCCCCCUGCCACAGAGCAGCCCACAGGCCCCGCUGAUGAGCCUGCUCCUGCCCCCACAGCAGAAACAACUCCAGCCUCUGAAGAAGUUCCCCCGGCUCCCCCAGCUGAAGCCCAAGCCCCAGCCCCUGAGCCUGAGAAACCAAAGGCAGAGCCACCCAGCUCCCCAUUGUCCUUGGCCGUGGAAGAAGUGAGCGAAAACUCAGUUAAGCUGACCUGGAAAGCCCCGGAGCAGACAGGACGGUCAGGCCUGGAUGGAUACGUGGUGGAGAUCUGCAAAGAUGGAAGUACAGACUGGACAGCUGCAAACCAGGAGCCUUUUCUUUCCACCCGGUACACGGUCCAGGGCCUCAGCUCCGGUGACAAGAUCCAUGUACGGGUGAAGGCUGUCAGCGCCAGCGGUGCCAGCGUCCCGGCCACAUUGGAGCAGCCCGUCCUCAUCAGAGAGAUCCUCCAGCUCCCGAAGAUCCGCAUGCCUCGUCACCUGCGACAGACUUACAUCAGGCAUGUUGGGGAUGCUGUGAAUGUGAUGAUCCCUUUUCAGGGAAAGCCACCGCCCAAGGUGACCUGGACCAAGGCUGGCCAGCCCCUGGACACCAGCCGCGUUAACAUCCGCAACACAGAGAAUGACACCAUCUUCUACAUCCGCGAGGCGCAGCGCAGUGAUUCGGGCAAGUACGAGCUCACCGUGAAGAUAAACGGAGCGGAGGACAAGGCUAUUCUGGACAUCCAAGUGAUUGAGCCGCCAGCCGCUCCUGAGAACCUGAAGCUGGUGGAUGUGUGGGGUUUCAAUGUGGCCCUGGAGUGGACCCCGCCAGCGGACAACGGGAACUCCGAAAUCAAGGGCUACAUAGUGCAGAAGUCAGACAAGAAGAGUGGGAAAUGGUUCACAGUGCUGGAGCGCUGCACCCGCACCAGCUGCACUGUCUCCGACCUCAUCAUUGGCAAUACCUACUCCUUCCGGGUGUUCUCUGAAAAUGCCUGUGGGCUGAGCGAGAAAGCAGCCAUCGCCUCCGGGGUGGCCCACAUCGAGAAGACAAAAAGUGUUUACCAGCCAGAGAAGAUCCCCCAACGGGACAUGAUGGAGCCUCCCAAGUUCACCCAGCCCCUCACAGACCGGACCACCACUAGAGGCUACAGCACGCAUCUCUUCUGCUCCGUCCGGGGCUUCCCCCAGCCCAAAAUCAUCUGGAUGAAAAAUCAGAUGGAGAUACGGGAAGACCCCAAAUACAUAGCAAUGAUCGAGCAGGGUGUUUGCUCCCUGGAAAUUCGCAAACCCAGCCCUUUCGAUGGCGGCAUCUACACCUGCAAAGCUGUGAACCCAUUGGGAGAAGCCUCAGUAGACUGCAAACUGGAUGUGAAAGGUAAGAUUGACUAA